AUGCCAGACGGUUGGAGAGCAUGCGCAAGGACAUCGAGUGCUGCUAUGGAAGAGUGAAGGGACGCUUCCGCUUGUUCAAGGCAGGCAUUCUCUGUAAGACCCGCGACAGCAUCGACAGCGCAUGGUUCACGGUGUGCAUCCUCCACAACAUGCUUCACCGCUACGACAAACUGGACGUCAUGAUGGAGGCGACCGGCUGGCAGGGAUCGGCCGGGCCGUUGGGGGGGGGCGAGCCAGAUGUAGUCACGGGGGACGACAACGACAGCGAGACACCUUCCCCAGGGUUCGAAGAGUUUCGCGCGAAGCUUGUCACCCACUUCUCUGUAGCAUGGACCAGGAAGGAGGUUGUGUGGUUUCAGAGGGCAGCCGUAUGAGAGGCGUAGACAGCCCCCAGAUUACGGUUUGUCUGUUCUCUGUUCUCUUAUCCCUGUCGUCAGCAUAGGUAAGUAGGACAACUGCUUCCUGUGCGAGUUAGUCGUCGCCUCGAUUGCGUAACUAUUGCUCGUGUAUUUUUAAGUUGGACAUAUUAUCGGUAGGGAGGAGUAGAUUUGUUUGCCUGACCAGCGAGAAGCCGACACGAACACCCCCCCCCGCAAUAUUAGGGUACCAAGUAGAAUCGUGGUGUAUCCUGCCGUUGGUGGUGGUGUUGACAUGUUUUACUUGACUUAUCCUGUUUUGCUUUUGCCUCACAUAGCGUGGAGAGAGGAUCAGAGGACUCCAUGCUUUAUGUUUUUGCCUAAUACUAGUGUGAGCAAGCAUGCCGUUAGUCUGUUGAGUACGCCGAGCGAUCUCGCAGUGUUGGACCAGGACGGAUGGAGAAACUGAGUAGAGAGAUCGCAACGGGGAUAAAUGUGAAGAUACCAACAACAACGUCAUACCCCUGACACUUGGAUAAGGCAUGUAUGUAUGUGUCUCUCGACGUUUGUCGAGAUGGUUGGCACCGCGAGUGGUUGUAGCUGAGGGAUCAACGGUUCUU